GAAAAAUUAUGAGAGGUAAAAUAGUUGCCUUUAAAUAAUCUGACCAAUGAGAACAUGUCUACGAAAGAGAAGCGGCAAUAGCAGUACAAGUACGCGGAUUACGCAUGCGGCGUGUGUGAGCUGAAUUGUCCGUGUUGUGAAGAGAAGCUCAUUAUACAUCAAGUUCUCAAUCAGCCAGUGAGUCAAGAUGAGUGAAAUAGUCACCCCUUCCAAACUGAAAGUUGCUGAGCUCCGAAGUGAGCUGCAGUUACGAGGACUUGAUACGAAGGGGGUGAAAGCAGUGCUUGUCCAACGACUGGAGGAAGCCCUCCUUGCAGAGAAUGACGAUGCCUCCACCGAUGUCUCCCCUGCGCCCGAGGAGGAGGAGGAGGAACUAGAGGACGAUGUAGAGGGCGAGCAGCUGGAAGGCGGGUACGAGGAUAAUGGGGUAGAAAUGGCACAAGAAGCCAAUGAGGACGAACUGUUGGGUGGCAAAUCGGACAUUGAGCAAGAGGGCCAAGAAGAGCUCACCGAAGCAGAUGCUGCUGCCGCUUUGGCAGAAGAGGCUCCAGAGAUUCAGGAAGACUUGCCACAAGAAGUAGAACAACCAGUGGAGCCAGAAGCUGAGACUCCCAUGGAGCAAGAGCAAGGACUUGAGCAGCAGGAGUUGAAGGAGGAGGCUCCACCCCCCGUGGAGGAGAAGGAACCACCUCCCGAGGUGAAAGUUGAAGCAGCUGAGUCAGAUGUCAAACAGGAGACUGCGGAUGUCAAGAUGGAGGCAGAGGAGGCCAAACCAGAGGUCAAGGAGGAAAGUGGCGAGGAGACCAAACCGGAAGUCAAGGAGGAAAGUGGGGAGGCUGGUGCUCAAGCUGAGACGAAAGAAGACAAAAAAGAAAGCCCAGCCAAGACUGAUGACAGAGAGAGGGAGAGGGACUCUCGUGACAGAAAGCGAGACCGGGAACACGAUUACCGAGACAGAGGCCGCCAUGACCGCUAUAGAGAUCGCUCGCCCAGAAGAAGGACGCCUUCACCACCUGUCAUGGAAGAAGAUGACGACAUUCCUGAAACUACCUGCGUUCUUAGCAAAUACAUUUCCGACUUGAACAUCAAGAUUGCAAAGGAUGGAACCUCAGCCCAGCCUCUCCACACGGACGGCUUUGCGUUCCUUUGGGGCGGUGUCAAAGCAACGCACGGCUUCAACAAGGGAAAAGUGUGCUAUGAAGUCAAGCUGGAGGAGCAUUUGGAUGUGAACCAUCUUCCCUCGGAAGAGGUCAACAGGCACGUCAUUCGUGUGGGCUGGUCCACCGAUGAAACCUCCCUUCAGCUGGGUGAGGAAGCAUUCUCAUACGGAUACGGUGGCACGGCCAAGAUAUCCGUCAAGUGCAAGUUCAGUAACUACGGUGAGAAGUUUGAAGCCGGAGACGUGAUCACAACAUGCCUGGACUUUGAGGGAGAGAAGCCCACCAUCUCCUACAGCAAGAAUGGUACCGAUCUGGGAGUGGCCUUCACCAUCGAUGAUGACCUGGAAGGCAAAGCACUGUUCCCUCACUUGCUGCUCAAGAACACAUCCAUAUCGGUCAACUUUGGACAGAAGGAGGAGCCUUACUUUCCCACACCGGAAGGCUUCACUCUAAUUGGUAAUGUCCCCGUUGAAGACCGUGCCCGUGGGCCUCUCCCUCCAGCGACCAAGAAGGACUGCGAGAUUCUGAUGAUGAUAGGCCUGCCAGGCGCCGGCAAGUCCACCUGGGUGGAGAAAUAUUGCGUGGAACACCCCGAGAAGAAAUACUACAUCCUGGGCACCAACCUGAUCAUGGAUAAGAUGAAGGUGAUGGGCCUGUCCCGCAAGCGCAACUACCACGGCCGCUGGGACAGUCUGAUGGACAAGGCCACCAAAUGCCUGAACCGGUUCUUUGAGAUGGCGCCACGUAAGAAACGUAACUUCAUCUUGGAUCAGACCAAUGUCUAUCCCUCUGCCCGCCGACGAAAAAUGCGACCAUUUGAAGGUUUCACCAGCAAAGCAAUCGUAGUAGUCCCCACUGAUGAGGAAUUUCUGAAGCGAAUUGAAAAACGCACAAAGGACGAAGGCAAGGAUGUACCCGAGAGUGCCGUUAUGGAAAUGAAAGCCAACUUUGAGCUCCCGGAGGAAGGCCAGCUGUUCGAGGAGUUCACCUUCACCGAGCUGAGCCGGGAGGACUGCAAGCCACUGGUGGAGAAGUACAAGAAGGAAGGGCGCGCUGCGGUCGGAUCCCAGCCCAAGCGCUUCCGGGAUGAUCGGGACCGCGGCGGCAAUUGGAACCGUGACUUCCGCGGUGGUGGUGGCGGCGGCGGUGGGUUCAAUCGCGGCGGUGGUUUCAACCGCGGUGGUGGCGGUGGAUUCAACCGUGGGGGUGGUGGAUAUGAUCGUGGGUACAGCCGGGGAGGAUACGACCGGGACAGCCACCGGGGUGGAUAUCGCGACCAGAGACAGAACCGUGGAGGGUACGGUGGUGGCGGUGGUGGUUACGGAGGCGGUGGCUAUGGCGGCGGUCACCGCGGUGGCAGCAGCGGCGGCAACUACAGGGACAACCGCAGCGGUGGGGGCGGCUACGGUGGGCGAGGUGGUGGAGGCAGCGGCGGCUAUGGUAACAGAGACAGCGGCGGUUACGGCCGGAGGGAUUCCGGUGGGUACGGCAGUCACGGAGGCAGCGGCUACGGUGGUGGGGGAGGCGGGGGUAACUACGGCAGUGGUAGCUACAACAGGCGCGAUCAGGGAUCCGACUACAACAAACAGAGUGGUGGCUACGGUAGUUCCCAGGGUGGUUACGGCAACCAAUCCAGCGGCUAUGGCUCGUCCAGCGGCAGCGGCGGUUACGGCAGCGGCAACACCAGCACCACUCCCUACAGCAGCACCGGCACGGCAGCGACGGGAUACGGCAACUAUGGAACUGGCACGGCCAGCCAGGCAGCCGCACCGGCCGGCCAGCAGCAGGGCUACACCAAUCAGCAGUACCAGCAGUACGCCCAGCAGUACCAACAGUACCAGCAGUAUUACCAGAGCAACCCGCAGUAUGCCCAGCAAUACGCCCAGUACGCCCAGCAGUAUGGGAACUACGGUGGGUACGGGCAGGGCUCUGGGGGUACGUCUCAGUAAAUCCAAUCCGCUGACAAAACCACAAACAAAACAAAAACCUUUCAGGUCGGCUGUGUAAACACUGGUUUGUGCUUGGUGAAUUUUUUAGAGCAAAGGCAAAUGAAUUUGGCACAAUGAACUAAAGAAAUUCUUACAUAAAAAUUCUCUUCCAUGGCUUUUGCAUGAAAUUGAGUUUUCGUUCAUAUUCAUCGUGAAUGCCAUGUUAGCAAAAUUUCAUACCGUGUUUUCUCGCCGUGUAAAAUUCAUGUUUCUGUUUGCCUUUUGCACCAAGUAUGAAUCAGCCUUAAGACAGACUUCUUUUUUUAAAAACCUACAAAUGCUUUGAAAGAAAUAAUAAAGAAGGAACCUUUUUAAUUGGGUAUAAAUGUAGCGUUUUCGUAGUGUAAGCUGGUGUAAGUUCCAAUUGUGGUAGAAUUUGCCGGAGAGAGAGGGGGACACGUCGUUUUAAAAAAUGUAAAUAUAUUUUUAAAAUUUUGAUUCCCUGUUCUUGAUUGCACCCUUGUGUGAUUCAGGUCGAUAUAUUCAUCAGGAAAAGUCUUGUUUUAGAUUGAGUGUGUCACAAUCAACUUGACUGUGAUUCCUGAACUGUGUCUAGCACAUGUACGUUAUUUCUUACCAGUUAAUGUAGAUUAAGUAAUUUUUUUUUCUUUAGGUAACCAAAUUUUAUAGACAUCGAGAGGGAAAAAAAAGAAAAAAGCCAGAAAUUUAAGGCAUCGAGGUAAAAAACAUGUGAAGUAUCACUUGCGCGUUUGCGAUGUAGACUUGUGCCAUUUUGUUAAAUGUAAAAUUUGUGCUGAAAUCAUAACGGGAGAAUGCAAAAUUAAACAGGCGGUAACUCAAGGUUUACCUCGGUUUACCAGGGUUUUGUGGGUUACCUCGGGGUAAAACCUCGAGCUACCCCCUGUGUAAUUUUGCAUUGUUCCCUAAAUAUUUUCUAUUAUUUCUAUACAGGCAUGUCUUUGGAAACUGCAACCGUCGACUUUUUAUUAAAAGGCCUGCUUUUUCAUUUGCUGUUUUUGGCUUUAUUCUUUAGAUAUUUGGGAAUAUGGCGGCGAGUGGCAGGUUUAUACAAAUAGAGCAGUCUAGUUAUUCUACAGGCAAGUUGCUUUGCUCUAGCAUCAUUUGCAUGGAUGCUGUACAAUCUAUUGAUGUGUUCUUUCUGGAAAUAUGUUGUGAAAGUGUUGCUUUGUACAACUGAAUUUUCACGGCUUUUAGUCCAUAGGCAGAUCAAUUCGUCGUGUCAGUGCAACAAGGUUGCAUGUCCAUUCUGCAACAAAGUCGUAUCUCGCGCGUAUACGCUCCGUGCAUCAACGUCGUAUCUCGACGUCCAUUGACUUUGCCUGUACAUCCGGGUUAUUUUAAGCCACAUACGACCUUAUGACAUUCUGAAACUCGCGUUUUGCAUUUAUGCCAUUUUAGGAGAUACGACCUUGUUGCACUGACGCAACGAAUUGUUCUUUAAAGGUAGAGAAGACCAUUUACAGCUAUCCAAAAAGUAACUGCCCAAAUUAGUGUGAAAAAAUUGAUAGUAAUGACGCUGAACUCCCUGUGAAAUCAUUCCUUCUGGCGUGCUGUCAUUUUGAAGAAAACAAUAAAAGGUCAUUUGCAAAGAUGUUUCAAGUGACACAUUUUUGGAAAUUUCUGUGAAUUGGCCCCCAUGCGUUCAGAUUUGUAGCGUGUUUGCAAUUGGGCGAAUCCGUGAAUGGGCGACAACCGGCUGAUUGAGAAUCAUGUCCCGAAUGCGGAUUUGGGGAUUGUGUCACAAGAGGGCGCAAUUCAAAAAUUUGACUCGGCAACUUUGAAAUUGAAAUCAAGAUCCAGAAUAUUGUGUUAAUGUUUGUUCUGUUUUCUAGCAAAUAUACAGCAUUCAUAGUGCUAAAACUUCAUCAGGUCAAACACCUUUUGGUUCAAAUGAAAACAAAAUUACAAAUGGUCUGCUCUGCCUUUAAACUUAUUAAAUAUAUAAAGCUGUACAAUUUCUGCCUAACAGCUGCUAAAGCACACCUAGAAAAUAUGACAUUUAUUUUGUUAAAACAGUGACGAUUUGUUCCUCUCAUGCAAGACCUUUUGUAUAUCUCUCGGAUAAUUUCAACACUAGGUUUCAUUGGAAUAUGUAAAUGUGAAGUAGAUAAGAAUUUCUUAAUUUUUUUUGUGUUCCGUGAUUGACAUGUUGUGAGGUUGUUUUAUAGGUUUAUUUUAAGAGUGAAGUGAUAUUCGGAAAAUUUAACCUUUACAAAGAUUGAUGUUAGGUUUAUAAUUAUGUGAAAUUGAAAAUAACAGAGGAAUACCUUUAAAGAACACACACGCGUGGAAUGGUUUAAACAGUGCUGAAAAUCUGCAUGUUGCUUGUACAUGUACUUUCAAGCAUUUGCACAUUUUCUGGAACUUGAGUCUAUUCUGUGCCAUAAAUGGUUUUCAGCAUUGUUUUCUCCAUCUCUUGCUUUCUUGACUUGGUUAUGCAAUUAAGUGUACAUUGCUUUUCAGACCAUCAUUUGGUUCAAAGACUUUGAUGUUUAGAAGAAGAAAAAAAAACAUGUAGAACUCAGGGACACCAACAAGUUCUGAUUCUGGUUUUUGUAAAGAGCAGAGAGAGACGUAACAAAAACAGUCAGUCCUGUAAAGUGUUUAUUUCUGAUAUCAUAACUAUAAUGCAGCCUUUUUUUAAAUGACGAAAAGGAGAAAAUUGAGGAAUAAAAGAACGAUCAUUUUGAGAUGCAUCCUCAAUCAA